AUGGCAGGGCGCGCGGAAGGGCGCGUGGAAGGGCGCGCAGGAGGAGGGGCGCUGAAGCUCUGCCGGCUCGACCAGGGAGCAAUGGCGUCCACCCGGCAGAAAGCCACGGCCUCUACACUGCAAAUGGAUGUAAACAAGCUGAAUAUCACAUUGCUUCGGAUAUUUCGCCAAGGAGUGGCAGCAGCACUGGGACUGUUACCUCAGCAAGUUCAUAUCAACAGACUCAUUGGGAAGAAGAACUGUGUGGAACUGUUUGUGUCCCCACUGAACAGAAAGCCAGGAAUUUCCGAGGCACUCCCAUCUGAAGAAGUGCUGCGUUCCCUUAAUAUCAACAUUUUGCAUCAGAGUUUAUCCCAGUUUGGAAUAACAGAGGUUUCCCCUGAGAAAAAUGUUUUGCAAGGCCAGCGUGAAGCAGACAAAAUCUGGAGCAAAGAAGGAUUUUAUGCGGUUGUCAUAUUUCUCAGCAUCUUUGUCAUUCUAGUAACUUGUUUAAUGGUUCUGUACAGAUUAAAGGAGAAGAUUCAGUUGUCACUGAGGCAAGAGAAGGAAAAAAAGCAGGAGAUCCACCUCUCGCCCCUUCCCCUGCAGACGUCUCAGUCUAAGACCACCAACAGUAUGGUCCAGCCUGAACAGGCUCCUAAGGCUGUCAAUGUUGUAGUGGACCCUCAAGGUCAAGGAGUUCCUGAGCUCAAACCUCCCCUGUGUGCCAGUCCAUCUCCUUUCAGAAUGAAACCUGUGGGGCUCCAGGAAAGGUAG